UCGAUGAGUUGCUGUCUGUAAAUUCUGUGUUAAAUAACGUGCCAAGCAACGUCGUUCUCGCGCUAUUGUCCUCGGGAAAUCAGAGACACAGUCUCGUGCUCGUCUCGUACAAAAGCAGGCACUUUGCCCUGUGAGGAAAUUCAACAGUCCGUUUUCAAGUGCUCAGUAAUUCGAGAUUUCCUAAAAGAAGGGAAAUGGCAAUCCGUUCCCUGCGAUAUAUGGCCAGCGUAGGUGCCAACGUGCCGAAAGCUGGCACGAGCCUCGGUGUGCAGCAGCAACAGUUCAUUGCAUAUAAUAAUAUUGCAAGAUGCAUCCCGGCACAGCUGGCUGGAGGACCGAGCAGCUAUUGGCCCGGACAGACUGUACGAUUCUUCAGCGCAUUGCAGAGUCAACCGUCCAUCGUCGAACCGGGCAGAUUCGUGGCAGAACGUAACAUCUGUGCCCCGAAAGUGCACACGAUGGUAAACGCUCGUACAUUAGCCACGCAGGAAAUCACCCGCAGCAUUCAACUGUUCACCGAUCGACCAAGAAACGUCGAAAAGGAUCAGCAAACUUUACGGCUGAAGGAACAGUGCGAUAAGCCUGUGGUGUUGAUUAUCUCCUGGCUAAAUGCGCGCCAGAAACACUUGGCGAAGUACGCCCAGCUAUACAUCGAUCAAGGGUUUGAUGUGUUCGCUACACACAUCACCCCCUGGCAAUUGCUGUGGCCCGUCAAGGGAACACAGUUGGUGGCGGGCGAGAUUGUAAAGUUUCUGAAGAACAACGACUUCAAACACGGACUCAUUCUUCACGGGUUCUCCGUCGGCGGAUAUCUGUGGGGCGAAUGUCUGGUGCAUAUAGCGCGCGACCUGCCCAACUAUCAGGUGGUGCUGGAUCGUGUUAAUGGUCAGGUAUGGGACAGUGCGGCUGACAUUACUGAAAUAUCGGUCGGUGUACCGAGAGCUUUGUUCCCGAAGAAUCCAACGCUUCAGAGUGCACUGAAAAAGUAUAUGCUGUAUCACAUGAAAGCGUUCCACGAGCCAGCAACAUCGCACUACAUCCGAUCGAGCCAGAUGUUCCACACGAAUCUGUUGCGCUGCCCGGCUUUGUUUUUGAUGUCCAAAACCGACCCCGUCGGUACGGUGGAGGCAAAUACCCGCGUCAAGGACAGUUGGGAACAGAGCGGUGUGAAGACGACGGUCAAGUGUUGGGAUCGUUCGCCACACGUUGGUCAUUUCUUGAAGCACCGAGAAGAAUACAUCGAUGUGCUGUUCAACCAUCUGCGGCAGCUGAAUCUGCCCAGUCUGAAGCAGGACGCGCUUCUGCGGGCCAAACUGUAAGCCACCGUCACCAUCGUUCCACACGCGACGCACUGUGAUACUUACGAGAUGACGUGUGGCUUUGACAUGUGUGCGUUAUCUGACCCUACAAGAGAGCAAGAGAGGCACUAACAAAAGUCGAAGGCGACAGAUGAAAAUUAUAAAAAAAGAAGUUAGCACAUUUAGGGAAGCAUUAAUGGGAUAUUUUUAACAUCAUGGUUUUUUUUAAAUAGCAAACUUGCUCUCACCUUUCUUCCUUCCGGAAAACAUUUUAUACUAUCAAUGUUUGAUACUACACACUAUAUCAUCCCUCUUGUUGUUUCUUUUUGUACUUUGGUUUCAACCAUUACUUCCUGUUAUAAACACUCCCUGUUGGGUUUUAGUUGAUAGCAUAGCACGACGUUCCCUUAUGGAAUUAUCAUAAAUAAUCACAAUCAGUACAAUCCUCAUACUAUUUUGUGUCCACAUUCUUUGCUACCAUCCUGUUAAUAUGUAAGCCAUUGAAAUAUGAAUUGAAUAUUAAAAAGGUGUGAAGUAUAAAAAUAAAAUUACCACAAAUAAAAUUUUUCUGACCACGUGACUAAACUCUAAAAUAAAAUGUGUAAUGUCCAUAAAAAGGAAACGAUAGCCAAGAGAAAUAAUCGUCGCAUCUUUUUCCGAUGUUGCUCUAUGCAUUUCUUUCUUCAUCAUCCAACCGACACCAGUGAUACGUGAAAAUUAUUCAG